ACUGGCUUGACUGGGAAGGUCAAUAGUGGCUGUGGGCGAGCACGUGCUCACUUUAUGUUCAGGGUUGCGGACGCAUGCGCGUGGCGGCUUCGGAGGAGCGGUUCCUAUUCUGAACCUGGGGUUUGGGGUUCAGCCCUGGCGCAGACAUGCUGUGCCGGCUUGGCGGCAGGGGGCUGCGGCAGCUGUCUGCCCUGCAGCUGGGGGCCUGGGGCCCUCAACGUGCGCCCACCCCAGCUGGCGGCACUAAGCGCUCUGCUCUGCCACUGCGGGCAGUGGGUUCAGUCUCUGCAGUGAGCCCGGGCGGCGCGGGCGGCUGGUACGAGGCCCUGGCCACAUCGGCGCCUGUGCGGGGCGCGGAGGAGCUGCUGCUCGGCGCACACACUGCCACGGGCCUGCCCUGGUGGGGCAGUAUCCUCCUCACCACCCUGGCCCUGCGUGGCUCCGUCACGUUGCCCCUGGCGGCCUACCAGCACUACAUUCUGGCUAAGGUGGAAAAUUUGCAGCCAGAAAUAAAAAACAUUGCAAGGCAUCUUAACCAGGAAGUUGCAGUUCGUGCAAAUCAGUUGGGGUGGUCCAAAAGAGUUGCCAGGCUCACUUAUCUAAAGAAUAUGCGGAGGCUUGUUUCAGAGCUGUAUGUUCGGGAUAACUGCCACCCUUUCAAAGCCACAGUGUUGGUGUGGAUUCAGCUUCCAAUGUGGAUCUUCAUGUCUGUUGCUCUGCGGAAUUUUAGCACAGGGGCAGCACAUGCACAAGCAGGUUUUUCUGUUCAGGAGCAGUUAGCUACUGGCGGGGUCCUGUGGUUUCCUGACCUCACUGCACUGGAUUCCACGUGGAUUCUGCCUGUCUCCCUUGGUGUCAUCAACUUAUUAAUAGUAGAGAUUUUUGCUCUGCAAAAAAUUGGAAUGUCUCGUUUUCAGACGUAUAUGACAUACUUUCUCCGGGCGGUGUCAGUAUUAAUGAUUCCAGUCGCUGCAACAGUACCGUCAUCGAUUGUUCUCUACUGGUUAUGCUCCAGCUUCAUGGGCCUUUCACAGAACUUACUGCUGCGUUCUCCUAGGUUUCGCCAACUUUGCCGAAUACCAUUGACCAAGGGAGAUUCAGACACUCCUUAUAAGGACCUCUUUGCUGCCUUUUACUCCAAGUUCAUUUCAAGAAAAUGAUACACUUUUCAGUGAUUUUGAAACAGAAGUGUCACUACCACCUUAAUAUAUUUAAAAGAUUUAGAAAUUCAGAUAUGAUUUAAUUGGCCUGUAUUUCAAAUGAACUCUGAAGUACUGUAGGUCAAGAUAUAAUCGAGAUAUAUUUGACAGUACUUAAAAUCUUUUAAGUGCUAGAAAUGUAUGUAUAAUUAUGUGCAAAGAAUACACAAGUGGAGCUGAAGUGUCUAGCUCUGUUUGGAAAAUUACAACUUGCUAGAGAUGCUAGAACUUUGGAGAACAGGACUAGAUACUGACUGAUGUUAAAUUGUACUAAACUGUCCCACAUAUUAAAAUUUUAUAAAGUAAGAGAAUCCAAUGAGGUGGUUUUUGAAAUUUGGACGUGUGAAGCAUCAUAGAUCUGUUUGAGCAUCUGAUAAAGCCAUGGUCAGAAAAAUCAAAGGACUUACAAUAUGAGGGCCUUCACUGACCACCCCCCUGAAGGCCUUCUGAUAACUCUUGGUUAAGAAGUCUUACUCUAAUGAAACAUAGAUCGACUAUGAAUUAAUGUGUGAUUUUGUGAAAAUGGACUUGAGAUACAUGCAGUAGAGUAGUCCGUGCUUGCAAGGAAGUAACCUAAUGUGGUAGGUGAUGUUGCUUCUCAACUAUGCUCUGAGAGAAUACAAAGUGUACAUUCCUUUUCCUAUAAGAAAUCUGGAAUACAAAAUAUGGAACUAAGGACUGCUAGAGACCAAAGUGAAAAAUCUUAAGCACUAAAUUUGUUUAGUCAAAGGAGAAUAAACCAGAAGAGCGGCUACCUAUUAGGGAAGUGAUUUUAUAAACCAUUGUUUAUUUGGAAGAUACUCUAAUGGGUUUAAACUAUGGUAGAUGUUUAAUACAGGAAAAAUUGGCAGGUAAUGUAAAUUAUAGACCCAGUUUGUUUAUUUAACUUGAAAAGACGAUUAAGUUUGGUUAAGAUAGUUAGGAAUAAAUUUGACAAGGCAUUUGCGAUUAUAAAUUAUACAUUUUCACCGAGUUGGAAUGUGAACCUGAUUCUGAGAUGCCCUAUUAUCCCAUCUCAUGUUUUACAGUAAAAUAAAAACGAAAGUGAAAUUAAUUAGUCGUUUCUUGAGUGAGGUCUAUUAUAUCUUAGCCAAUUAGGUUGUCAUGUUACUACAGCUCACUGAGAAUUUAGAGGUAGGAAUUGAGACUAGCUUCUCUUUUCCUGACUUCCCAGCCCUAGUUUAUGGCUGCCAUAUUGAGAAAACCAUGCUUCCCAAUCAUAGUGAAGGAAUUGAAACUCACGUGCAGUCAAUUUUUAUUAUUCGCAGAUUUCAUAUUUGCCAAUUUGCCUACUUGGUAAAAUUUAUUUGUAACCCCUAAAUCAAUACAGUGCUUUUGAUGUCUUUCUUGGACACACAGUGUAGCAAAAAAUUUGAGUCACCUGAGGCACAUCUUCCCAACAAGGUCAAACAAGGCAGCACUGUGCCUUCAUGUUUCAGCUCUCAAACUAAACAAGUGUCCUUUUUGUGCUAUGUUUUUUUUCUCAUUUUUGUGCCUCACUUGGUGAUUUCGCUAUUUAUAAUGGCCUCCGAGUGUCAUGCUGAAGUGCUGUCUAGUGUUCUAAUCACAUGAAGGCUGUGAUGUUUUUUAAGGAGAAAAUACCUGCAUUAGAUAAGCUUCAUUCAGGCAUGAGUUCUGUUGGCCAAGAGUUUGGUGUUAAUGAAUCAACACUAUGUUGUAUUGAUAGUUGACAGAAAUGUGACCGGAGGCUUGCAGGAUCAGAACCCUGUGUAUUCUUUAGGAGCAAUGGUUCAGUAUUCUCUAAUUCAGUGUUUGUGAUGACUUAAUAGGACCUAACAACCUUGAAUAACAAGAACUGACCAUUUGCAACAUUUACAAUCAAGAAAGCAGGAGCAAAAAUGUGUGUGCUGGUUGUGUUAACAGCAAAAAGAGGAGAGAGCUUUCCAACGUGGACCCGGCAGGAUAGCUCCCUCACAGAAGGGCAGUGAGAAGAAGAAGGGCCAUUCUGCCAUCAACGAGGUAGUGACCAGGGAAUAAAUACACCAUCAACAUUGACAAGCGCAUCCAUGGAGUGGGUUUCAAGAAGCGUGCCCCUCGGGUACUCAGAUCCGGAAAUUUAUCAUGAAGGAGAUGGGAACCCCAGAUGUGCACAUUGACAGCAGACUCAACAAAGCUGUCUGGGCCAAAGGAAUAAGGAAUAUCCCAUACUGCAUCUGGGUGUGGUUGUCCAGAAAACAAUGAGGAGGAAAAUUCACCAAAUAAUCUCUACGUACCUGUCACCACUUUCAAAAACCUACAAAUAGUUAACGUGGAUAUACUGAUUGUCAAAUAAAGUUAUAAAACACUCUCCCCACACACACAAAAAAAAUUGUGGCUAUCUCUGGAAUAAGUUGACCCUUGUUACUGUGUUUCCCCGAAAAUAAAGAUCGGGUCUUAUAUUCAUUUUUGUUCCAAAAGACGCAUUAGGGCUUAUGUUCAGGGAAUGUCAUCCUGAAAAAUCAUGCUAGGGCUUAUUUUCGGGGAAACACGAUAUGUGUGUCAUUGUGUACUGGUUCAGAUAUUUUUCUUGGAAUAAAAGAAGUCAGCCCCUUCCUUUGUCCUACUCAAAUUUGUCACUUUCUUAAAAGUAAAAAAUAAAGGAAUGUUUGGCUCCCCCUUUUCAAUUAUGUGAAUCUCAUGUGCAUACUUUACCUUGUUUUCUGUGAUUCCCUUUGAUUUCAAAUUGUACAUUUGUAUCUUUUCAAAUGGACGUUUUACCUAGUUUACUAUUGCUCUCCCAUUUUCAAACUUUUUGAAUUGCUUUUCAAAUAUAUACAUUAAGUUUAUCUGAGAAUACAAGGCCCUUCCUUCCAGACCUCAGUUUCUGCUGGGAUGGGGGUGGUUGGGAUCUUGGGAUAUACUCCUGUAUAAAGAAAACUGGUGUGUUAUGAACUGAGUUCGAUCAAUCAAUCACCUGACUUCAGGCUGGUAAAUAAUCCCCUCAUUUCUUUCUCCAGGCAGAUUUUAUAAUAAAUAGCAAGUCAUAUUUCAAGUCUGUGAUCU